CGGGGUACCGGAGGGAGGGAGUGAGGAAGACGGAAGUCAGGCGGCGCCGAGGACGGGGAUUCCCCGCCGGGAACUUCCGAACUCUCCGCCUCGAGCGCAGCGCCGGACCGCAGCCAAUGAGCGGAGCCGGUUUAAAUUAACAACGGCCGAGGGAGCAGCGCGGUGGGGCUUCGGCUUGAUCGGAUGUGGUGUCACUGGUUAGGUCAACAUUUGAUGUCCAUUCAUUGCCCUUGAAAAAGCGGUGGUGAACCACCUUCUUGAACCACUGAAGACCACGUGAUAGAUACACCCAUACUGCUGCUAGGAAGAGAGUUCCAAGAUUUUUGAGCCAAUGGCAGAGAAGGAAUGGCAAAAUACUUCUAAGUCAGAAUGAUAUUGUGUUCGUAGUAUUGAUUUGGUAAAUAUGGAUAAAAACAAUCUUGGAGAUCAACUCAACAGGGCAUUUGAAGCUUAUCGUCAGGCAUGCAUGGAGAGAGACAAUAUCAAAAAAGUAUCAGAACAAAAGAUUUAUGACUUAGAGCAAGAAUUGGCAACAAAAGAUCAAACCAUUGCAAAAUUACAAUUGCAGUCUACUUCUACCACCCCCAGAGGCAAUAUUCCUGGACAAGCUCAGUGUCUGAACCCCUGGCCACAGAGUGACUUGCUGAAGGUGAGAAGAAAUGAGGCACAACAUCCAGUAACAUAUGAUUCACCAGAUGAAUUGAAAGUAGCAUUAGAAAGAGAAAGACACUGCAAGGAACAGUUAACAACUGAAAAUAGUAAGUUAGAAGAGCAGAUAAAAGAUUACCAGCAAAAGCAAAAAGAACUUAAAAGAAACCUUGAAGAAAAAGAUGAAGAACUCAGACAACUGAGAAAUGAAUUAAUGGAGCAUACUGACUUCUUCACACAUGGUAAACAGGUCUACUGUAGACCAGACUCAAAGGUAAACCGGAAGAUGGCUGAAUCAUCAUCAAAGAAUGCUGUUCCUUUGACAGGGACUGAGCAUCCUCUGUACAAAGAGAGGUUGGACUUUGCUUUUCAAGAGAUUUGUCAAGAAUUUAAACAACUGUCUGCCUUAACAAAGAAACAAACGGAACUUCUGAGUAAAUAUAACUACAGCAAAGAAGUAAUAAAUAUGCCAUUCUCAAUGCCUAUACAGUGUACAGAUGAAGGAGAGCAAGAACAUGUAGAAGAACAUUUUGUUGGCAAGGACGAAAAUAUAUCUAAAACCUCUGCUGUAUUACAAGGGUACAGAAUGCAACAGGAACGUCUUCAAGUAGUUGAGUCUCUGUCUGAAUUAGAUGUCAGAUUCCCACCUUCUGAUAGUGACUAUGAUUUCCUAAACAGUGCACCAGAAAAAACAAUAUCAAAAACUCCUUUUGAAGAUCCCAUACGUAAAGUUGAAGAAGCACUGUUGCAAGGUGAUAUCCAGGACUUGAAAGAUAAGAAUAGGGAACAAUGCACUUUAUUUGAAACAUUUCCUGUGGGACCAACUAACAAGACAAAAGCCAACCAUUUCGGUGACGAGCAAGGAAAGACUGCAAACAUUAAUGCUUCUGUAGGUACUACAAUUGAUAAUAGCACAUUGAGAAGUCCUUCAAGCCCUUCAUUUCUUAAACCAUCAAAACCUUUUCCAAGUGCUGAAUCUCAUCAGAUGGUUUCAACAGAACCAACAGUGAUCAGAGGACCACAACAUCCUGUGUGGUAUCCAUACCACAAUAAAGAGGGUGAAUUACUGCAUCAAGCAUCCAAAGACUCUGACCCGGACCUAAACUCCAAAACCUGUGAAUUCUGUCAGGCAGUCUUCCCAGCAGGCACCAUAACUAAGGAAGAGUUCCUCAGGCAUCUUAAUUCACACUUUAUUGCUAAAAAUGGAUUUUAAUGCUUGCACGUUUCCACAGUGAGAUGAAUCAUAGAAUCCCUACAGUGUAGAAGCAGGCCAUUAGGUCCAUCAAGUCCACACCGACCCUCUGCAAAGCAUCCCGUCCAGACCCACUCCAUCCCUGUAACCCUGUAUUUUCCAUGGCUAAUUCACCUAGUCUGCACAUGCCUGGACACUAUGAGCAGUUUAGCACAGCCAAUCCACCUAACCUACAGAUCUUUGGAAUGUGGGAGGAAACCGGAACAGCUGAAGGAAACCCUCACAGACAGUUGUGUGAGGCUGGAAUUGAUCCCGAGACCCUGGCACUGUGAGGCAGUAGUGCUAACCACUGAGCCACCAUGCUGCCCCUGAAGAAGUCUGACUUAUGGACCUAACAUUUAUUCAUGUUGUAGAGAUAGUUUUGGUCGUGUGAAAUUGUAAAUAUCAAAAGGAUGUUUGUAAAGGUUAGGCCAAUAACAUGUUUUUGUUAAAAAUGUUUGGUUGUUCAAUAAGUAUAUCUAGUUAUUCAUUGUUUUCAGCAUAUGUACUAAUAAAAGUUAAUUUGAAGCCAGAAGUCCUAUUGUAAGAGGACCAUUGUGUGAACUGGAAUUUUAAUUUUUUAAAUUAUACUUUAUCCAAAUCAGUAUUAAAAAUGAACAGAUCAAUGGAAUUCUAGUAUUGAAAAGCAAAUGGAUUAGAUAGAGUAAUUGUUAUAAACACUGCAGCCGUUUUACACUUUUUUCUCUGAAGGAUUGUUAUAAGGUAACAUCUUUCUUUGUUUUUAACCUGUGCUGCAAUUUCUGGUCAUUUUUCAUAUUUUUCACUUAGUGUCAACAUCAAAAUAUUUUGCUAUUCUUCCAAAACGUACCUUAACCUAAACCUCUCAACUGAAACUAUUAUUGUACUAGUGAGGUAUUUUCACAUACUGUUUGAAGUCGUUGAUGCUGCCAAUUUAAUUACAGUUAGAGAAUUAGGAAUAGUUUUGCCUUAAUGACCCUUCAAAGUUUAAGUUGCUAAGACUGUCAAAGUAAUUCCUGAUAGCCAUCAAAGAGAGAUCUUUGCCACAUUGCUUUAAAUUGUUGGCUAGGUGAAUGCUAAAUAUCACACACAAAGAAAUAUUGGCCAAGAUUUUCCCACUUGCUUUGGGACCCCGAUGUAGGACUAAAUGAUGUCCGUAGUCCGCACUUGCCAGGAGCCAGGCUGGUAGAGCUAUUUUUCUUGAGGCAACCUCCUAAUUGGUUGCAGAUUCCUGAUUAUGCUGAUCCAAUCAGUGGGUUAGCAAUUCUGGAGCCUUGGCAGCCUCCCCAGGAAUGGUAGGCCUUGCUGAGGCAGCUGGGAGAUUGGGAGGGCACCCUCAAAAUGGAAGUGCCCUCAGAAAUGUAAAUUAUUAAAUAUUUCAGAGGGAGAAGAUGGGUCCUUAACAUCAGAGGGGAAACCCCUUACAUUUGGAUUGUUGGGGCUGUGCAUGGAGGUGUAGAAGCCUUUCCUGCCCAGGGCCCCUGUUUGGUUAAUGAAAACUCCAGCUUUGAUGGUCCACAAGCCUCUGUAAAGUGUAAACCUCCCAAAAAUCGUAUAAUCUUACAUUUUAACUUGCUUUAUGAAGCAUAGGAUUAGGUGUUACGUUUCUUCUCUCUUUCUCAGUACCUAAAUUGCAAUUUGUUUUCUAAUGCCAGAGUUUUGCAGGUUCUGAUUAGAUUCUUUCUGAUCAAUUCAAUUCCAGUCAAAUGUUUGCAGCACCAAGUGAUGCUAACAUGUUUUUUUCGUUUGUGCUUCAAAUUUCCCCACAAAUAAGAAUUAACCUCUUUACAUUUUCCAAAUGCCUAUAAUAUUUUAAGAUAAUGAAAUGAUUUAUCUAAAAUGUGACUGAUUUUUUUUCCAAAGAAGCAUUCAGACCCUUAUCUAAGAUGCAAAAAUAUGUAAUCUAAGCUACAUGUGUCCUUUAAUUCUUUAUAUUGGGCAAUUUGUACUGUUCCUUGUUUUUUUUUGUUGGAGACUUAAAGUUGGAUUUGUCGUUAGCAAUCAGUUUUAAUGCCUUGACUACUGUGAAACUGUAGUCGGCUUAACAUACUGUCCAUGUCUGUUGGACAUCAUAUAGACUAUCUCAAUGUUGGCUAUCUCAAUGUUUUAUUCUUAAUGUAUAUAGUUAUUUUUAUACGUGUACAGCAAUGUUGUGUUUUAACAAUAAGUUGUCAGGAAAGCUAUGCAGGUAAAAUAUUUCAACAUUGUGGAGUGUAAAAUUAGGAUUUUUGCAAUUGAGUGCAAAUCUUUAAGCAAAAAUAAAGUGAUAUCCAAAAUGGC